AUUCAAAACUGACAUUGUCUUUGUAAUGUCAUACUUGCCAAUUUUUAUAUUUAUUUAUAUUUUAACUAUAGUUAAAGCUACACCAAAGAUCAAACAUUGCAACGAUACAAACGAAAGCGUAAACGGAGUCGGGACAGUUCUAUUUACUCCAGCGGAUGUGUAUAAACAAUGUUGGUCUCUGGAGGAGAUAGCUAUAUUGACGACCAGGAUGAUCCUAGAAGACUUACUGCCGGACGUAACAGUUUUCAACAUAGACAGCAACGCUUUUGUCGACGAUAUAGUUAGUUAUUUCCGAUUGCUAAUUGAAGUUGUAAAGACAGCCACCACUGGUCGAAAAAAACGGGUAACUCUUCUAGCGUUAACUGAUCUACUUGGAGGGUACUUGCAGUAUGCUGUUUUACCCUUAGCUCGGCACGCAUUCUACGCUGGUCUUAUAGAUUACACCAGCAUGGAGAAACUAAUCCAGCUCUUUGAAGAAAUCAAAUGGUUCUUGCGCACCAACGGUCAAGGCUGGCCUAAACCCAUGACAACCACGCCGGUGCUAAUCAUAGAACCAAUCAAUUUUGAAACGGAAACACCAAAAAUACCGAGCUGCUGUAGCCAGCUCUUUUAUAUGGAAUCUGAACAAAAUUCUCAAAGCGAGAAUAAUACUGCCACGGUGGUCACAACAGAAAUUACCUUUCCUUUGCCGUUUUUUGACUCUAGGGUACGACCUUCAGCAAUAGCGGUACCAUUUAAGAGAUUCACGUUAAGAAAUAUCGAGUCCAGGAGAGCCUCGCAUAUUGUACUUAAGUUUUUCAUAGCGUCUACCAAGUGUUUGAAAGAAAAGAAAUCCAGCAAAGCCACGACUUUAAAAUUUCACAAUAGUUUCUUCAGUUGGUUGCGCCGAGAUGUGUUAACUAAAAUUGAAGACGACAAAUUCUACUCUGCUUUUGGAGGAAUACUGCGAAUAGAAGAAACGCUGAAAGCAAUGGGUGCUGUUGAUGAAGGAGAGAAUACGUGUAUUCCUGAAGGUGAGCAAGAAAUUGUGGUUCCAGAAGCAGGCGUAUCACAUAAACACUUUACCUCUUCGAUUAUCUUGAUAGUAAUGUUGGCUAUAAUUUUACUCUGGUUCAUUAUCGGUACCGUCUUUAUUUGUCUUCGAAUGAGACGGUCUCAAAAGAAGCAAGAUGAAAAAGAUCAGACCAAGUCCAGACCUACUUCAACCUCGAGCUUAGGAACCAGUAAAUGGUCGUUGUUUUCCAAAAGCAAAUCAGACCAAAGUGUGGAAGGCAAAUGUAAAUGCUCAUCUAAAACAUCAGCCUUUAGUAGUUCCUACACCAGCGAUAUCGAUUUAGAAGAAAAGAUUAAGAAGAGAAAACAAAAGCAAAGGGAUAAGGCUGUGACUAUUUGUUAUCCUCCUUAUUUAGAACCGUACAUGGAGAAAAACAGACCUGCUGUGCUAGACACUCAGACUACUACGAUGAAGAAGCUACCGUCUAUUGAAGAAAUAUCUGAAGUGACAACUGAAAAUAGGAGUCUGCCUCGAAAAUUAGAAAGAGCUGAUAAUACUGGGCAUAUAAAGGAACAAUCAAGAAAACACGGGACCACUACAUCAGUUCAAAACAUACGUUACGGGAGCCGAUGCCCAAACAUUAAUAUCAAUGCAGCCAGUUCAUCAAAAUCCAAACUUCAGAAGAACAAACACCCGUCGGGAGGAAUGAUAAUAGACGAAUGUUGGUGUGACAUUUUACAUGAAGAAGAUGGAGCAAUUGAGUCUGUAACAUUGGACGAAUCAUUUCCUGGAGUCGAAGACGAUAUGAAAGGUGUACAGCAAAGAGGAAGUGCAGAUAAAACGAGAAUUGAUGAUAGAAAUAGCACAAGAAAAAGCAGUCAAGAGGACAAUACUAAUUACGCUAAAGGGAUGGUUAUACAAAAACAUUCCAGUACUGAAAAAUCAAGAAGUGGUGAAAUGCCUCGAAUACUGUCUGUUACCUUUAGCGGAGAAACGGAUCAAAGUGGACAAAAAUUUGGAGAACCUGUACAAGAUUCACAUGCAGCAUUUGACUCUAGAUACGGAGUAAAUCCAGACGAUCACAUGCAGCGAAAUCAUGAACACACCGUUGCAGAUCUUUCCUAUGAGCAUUUCCGUCCAGAAGAAUCGACAGCAGAAGAAACUUCCGAGGCGAAUACAGAUAAAGAAAGGAUUUCUACCCAUCACAACGCAUGCCAUUCUAGUCUAACUGGUACUUAUGCCAGACAGAUGAAAGAUGGGAAACCGUUCAUUUUCGGAUACGAUCUGGAAACUUCCAGUUCGUCGGAGUUAAGCGACGAAGAAACAGACCUGAAAACGUCUACUUCUAAGUAAAAUAGGAUAUAUUAUAUGUCAAGUAUUUUAUCAUAAAGUCUAUAUUCAAUAUAUUUAAC